ACAUACGUAGUAUGGACCAAGUGGAUCCUGUCCGUAACCCGUAUAAGAAAAGCUAAAACCCUAGUUUUCAUUCCGCCUUCUAGCUCUUCUUUUUAUCUCUACUUCCAGACUAACGAGAGGCGUCGGCGCUGCUCCCUGCUUCAAUUUCAAGUUUGAAGAAUGGUGAGAAUCAGUGUCCUAAAUGACGCUCUUAAGAGCAUGUAUAAUGCAGAGAAGAGGGGGAAGAGGCAGGUUAUGAUCAGGCCUUCUUCCAAAGUCAUAAUCAAGUUCCUUAUCGUCAUGCAAAAGCACGGUUACAUUGGGGAGUUUGAGUAUGUUGAUGACCACAGGUCUGGUAAGAUAGUUGUUGAGUUAAAUGGAAGGCUCAACAAGUGCGGUGUUAUCAGUCCUCGUUUUGAUGUUGGUGUUAAGGAGAUUGAGGGUUGGACCGCUCGUCUUCUUCCUUCCCGACAGUUUGGUUACAUUGUCCUGACAACCUCAGCUGGAAUCAUGGAUCACGAAGAAGCCAGGAGAAAGAAUGUGGGUGGCAAGGUUCUUGGCUUUUUUUACUGAAGCAGCAGCUUCACACGAGUUCCUGUUAUAUCGGGUUGUAUUUCCCUGCUUUUUUUGAACUCGUCAAUGUACUCAGAUGCUUUAGACCAUUUAGGAGAGAAUAGACGACUUAUUUCGGUUUUUGAGUUCGUCAGUCGUCAUGCAACCGUGAAUUUGUAUUGUACGAACUAAAUUAGAUUUCUUUGAUCGACUCUAGUUCUGCUUAUUAAA